UGGAAGCCGGGCUACGGGUUUCCGAGGAUCUUUCGAGCAGCAGGCGCGCCGCGGGCAGUUUCCUGAGCCUGCUUGACAGAGAACCUGGGGCGGCGACGCCGGAGGCAGAGACUGGAGGCCUGCUUGAGGUCAGACCUGCAUUGUGGACAGGAGGCCAGGCACUUGGAUGAGCCCUGGAGCCUGCAGGAUAGUCCAAGAGCCAGACACAGUCAAUGGCUGCAGCUACACAGGCAGGCACCCGUGAGAGGAGCUGUGGGAAUGGCAUACCUGCUAGGCAGCCAGGCCUGCAUGGACAGCCUGCGCAAGGAUCUCACCGACUUGCAGGGCACCAUCGUGGAUGUGUUCUCUCGUGCCGGACCCGUACGCUUUCCCUCCUGGAAGUUCCCUGACCGCGUAGCCUGUGACCUCGACAUGGUGGCCCUGCUAGAGCACUAUGACCAUGUGCCAGGUGACCCUGAGUUCACACAGUUGUCCCAUGCUGUGCUGCUGGAGCUGGUCAUUGACAGACUCCUGCUGCUUCUUCAGAGCUGUGCCUGCUACCUGGAAAGCCUAGGCUCGGAGCAGAUGUUGCCCUCUUCCCAGGCUGCAGGGCCCUGCAUGUCUGUGGGGCUCACAGUGCGGCGCUUCUGGGAUAGCCUGCUGAGGCAAGGCGCGCUCUGUCAGCAGGCAGCCCCCCAGAAAAGGGCAGGCCAAGGGGAAACCCCCACCUCCAAGCCCACAGCCAAGGGCAAGUCAGCCAGGAGCCAUGAAUGCAUUACUGCCAAGUUUAUCAAGCCUCCCUCUCCAACAUCAGGCUCACAGCAGACCUGCCAAGGGCCACAGAGUGUCCCCAUCUCCCUGAAGUGCUCAGCCAGGACCUCUGAGAACACCAAGAGUGUUCAUUCCCAGACCAUUGAAACAGCCCUGGUGCCCUGUGAUGCAUGCACCAGGGUCCAGGGCAGCCUGUGGGAAGUGAGCAAGGUGGUUAUCAGCCUUUGUCAGAACCAGAACUUGCCUUCAUCCUUGGGCCAGUUCCAGCAGCUGGUGCAGGACAGUGUGGGGGUCAGGCCCCUCCCGGCUGCCACAGUAAGCCACUGGGCAGAAAAGCAGAGCAAAGAUCUGACAUGCCUCAGUAAGCACAUGGGGGCUCUGUCUCAGCUGAUUGGGCCUCUCAGGGCCCAGUUAGAGGAGACUGAGGGGCAGAAGGAUGACCUGAGGAAGCAGCUGGGCAAGCUGGAGCAGGACCUGCGGCAGGAGCAGGGUGAGCGGCAGCGGCAGGAGGAGGAGUCCAAGCGAUGCAUGACCAAAUGGGAGUGUGACAGGCAGCAACUGCUUACAGAAAUAUGUGACCUAAAGACGCAAGUGGCCAACCUUGAGGGAGAGCAGAAGCAGCAGCAGGAGUCCAUGCAGGCCAUGGAGCUAAAUGCCCAGCAGCUGCAGGAGGAAAUUGAGCACAGGGUGGCAGCUGAGAGGCAGGUGCAGCAGCUAGAGGAGCAGGUGCAGCUGCUGACAGGGCGGCUGGAUGGAGCUGGCGAGCAGAUUCGCUGGGCCAGCACGGAACUGGACAAGGAGAAGUCCCGUGUGGACAGCAUGGUUCGCCACCAAGAGUCCCUACAGACCAAACAGCGGGCCCUGCUACAGCAGUUGGAUAGCCUCGACCAGGAACGUGAGGAGCUGCAGAGAGGUCUGAAUGAGGCUGAGGGCCAGCGAGCCCAGAUGGAGGAACAGCUCCAGAGCCUACAGAGUGAGAAGGAACAGGGACAGUGCCAGCUUCGGGCCCAGCAGGAGCUACUGCAGAGCCUGCAGCGGGAGAAGCAGGACCUAGAACAGGUGACGACAGAGCUGCGGCUGACUGUACUGGACCUGCAACAGGAGACGGCGGAGCUGAGGGAGCAGGAGCGGCUGCUGGUGGCCUUCCCUGACCUGCACAGGCCUAUGGAGGCCCAGCUGCAAAGCUCUGGCAAUGUCACAGAUGACAUGGAGAGGCAAGUUCAGGCCAAUGACAUCCGCAUCCGGGUCCUGCAGGAGGAGAACGGCCGGCUCCAGUCAAUGUUAUCCAAAAUCCGUGAGGUGGCCCAGCAAGGGGGCCUCAAGCUGAUCCCACAAGACCAUCUGUGGUCCCCUCCUGACAAGGGCAUCCAAAGAGCAACACCCUUGGCCCAGGCCCAGAGGAUGUCCCCAAGGCCCCUGAGCAGGCGGUACCCUCCUAGCAGCAGGAUAAGUGGCACAGGCUGGACCCCGCCAGGCCAGCUCCAAUCAUUCCCUCCUCGGCAGACCAGCAACUGGCCCAACAAGUCUUCCCUUGAGGAUGUGACCCACUCUGCUACCUGUACCCAGAACCCCAUCCGGGCCUUGGCCAGGCUGAAGAGGAGACUCUCACCAAAUCAUGGCCAGAGAAGCUCUGCACAACAGCCCUAGGAAUGGCUCACAUAACUUGCAGCAGGGACAGGGCUGUCGGAAGGUAGUUGGCAACUCCCCAAUGGAAUAAAGCCUCAGCCAUCUGUCCAUGGCAUUCUUGGCCUCACAGCAUGGCUGAACUGGAAGAAUGGUGGUCCUUUCCCCUUGUAGGACACUGGUUAGGAGAGACCUGGCACUGUGGGCCCUCAUUAAGGGGGAGUUUUUUUGCCUCUCUCUGGGGAAGCUAUGGGAGAGGAAAGCACAUCAAGGGUAGAAGCUUCUAGAACCUGGGCCAAGUGAAGGGCAGUCCUUCCACUACCACAGCAAGAGUCAAGGGGCAAAGCUGGACACAGUGACUGGCCAGCGAGGACAUCUGAAGUAAACAAGGAAUCAGGCUAGGAUCUUGGCUCUGGGUUCACCGAAACAGGCAGAAGACAGUGACACCCUCAGCCUCUUACCUUGGCUUUAUUAUUAUUUUUUUAAUUUUUGGUACCAGGGAUUGAACUCAGGACCUUGUGCUUGCCAGGGAGGCGCUUAGGCCACUCAGCUAUAUCCCAAGCCCUCACCUUGGCUUUAAACCUGGGCCUGGGGACAUUAGGGACUCAAAAACACUGGGCAUCCUUUCACUGAGUAACUCCUUGCUUUUAGGAACUGGUGAGAGUCACAAAGGAGUUCUGUGUCCUGAAGGUCACAGCCCAGGAAGCCACCAAAGGGAGGGUCAGGCCUUUGGAGACUUUACUCAGCCCUGACUUUACUAGGCCUAAACCUUGGGGCCCCUUCAACCUAGGGUGCCGUGUGGCUGGAUACUCAUGUCAUCAAACACCCCUGGCACACAGUGGUCACUGUCCUUAAGGAAGACACUGGAUCCAUGAUUUCCCCCUUUGUGAAGGAUAAGCUUGGAGACCUUGCUGAGGACCUUUCCUUCUGGUACCAGGGACUGAGCCCACAGCCUCAUGCAUGCUAGGCAGACAGUCUACCACUGAGCUAUACUCCCAGCCCCCUCACUAAGGACUGCUCAGGCUGUGCUCUCUACCUUCUGUGGCAUUUCCCUGGUAAGGAUGGUAAGGAGGCCAUCAGGUGGGGCACUGAAGUUUCCAGAGAAGGACCAAGAGGGGUCACAUGUAGUAGACAAGCACAGUUUAGGUCUGCCUUUUUUUGUGUGUGUGGCUGGAUUUGAACUCAGGCCCUUGCACUUGCUAGGUCUGCCUAACUUGCUUCAGAGAAGUCCCAGGGUUCUUGAAGAGGCUGGGAUGCUCUGGGCUAUCGCUGAGGGGAGAGCCAGCUACUAGGGGUGGCUCUCUGAGCAGAUGAUCUGGCCUAAGUGCAGUGGGAAGCCCUCUCGCAGCUGAGCAACUCUCUUGGGUCUCUCCCAAUGUGGCAACUGUGCAUCGACUCACAGUUCUGCAGAUCCGAAGUCCAAGCCCUGCGUGGCUGGGUUCUUGGCUUAGGCUCGUAGGAGGCUGAAAUCAAGGUAUUAACGAGGGCCUAUUUCCGUCAGCCCAGAAUGGGGAAUGAUCUUCAGAGCCUAUUCUGGUUGCUGGCAGAAUUCAAGCCUUAGGGCUGUAGGACUGAGGCCCCUGUUUCCAUCUUCCUUACCUCAUGGCCUCCAUCUUCAAGUGAGUAGCAGAAAAUGCUUCAGCAUUGGAUCCCCUUUGCACUUCAAGUCUCUGAAUUUUUCUACCAGCCAGAAGAAACUGCUUUUAAUAGGCUUAUGUGUAGAUCAGGCCCACUUGGAUAUUUUUCCCUUUUUUUUUUUGGAACUGGGGAU